GGGGCCGGUCGCCCCGCCGCCAUGUACACCUUCGUGGUGCGGGACGAGAACAGCAGCGUCUACGCGGAGGUCUCCCGGCUCCUCCUGGCCACCGGGCAGUGGAAGCGCCUGAGGAAGGACAACCCGCGCUUCAACCUGAUGCUAGGCGAGAGGAACCGGCUCCCCUUCGGCAGGCUGGGCCACGAACCUGGACUUGUGCAGUUGGUGAAUUAUUACAGGGGAGCAGACAAGCUGUGCCGCAAAGCAUCCCUGGUGAAGCUAAUCAAGACAAGCCCUGAGCUAUCAGAGUCUUGCACGUGGUUUCCUGAGUCGUAUGUGAUUUACCCAACAAACUUGAAGACCCCCGUGGCUCCAGCGCAGAAUGGAAUUCACCAUCUCAUAAACAACACGAGGACAGAUGAGAGGGAGGUCUUCUUGGCAGCUUACAACAGGCGUCAGGAAGGCAGAGAAGGCAAUGUGUGGAUUGCCAAGUCCUCAGCUGGUGCCAAAGGGGAAGGGAUCCUGAUUUCUUCAGAGGCUUCAGAGCUCCUGGAUUUCAUUGAUGAGCAGGGACAAGUACAUGUGAUUCAGAAAUACCUGGAGAAGCCUCUUCUUUUGGAGCCAGGACAUCGCAAGUUUGAUAUCAGGAGCUGGGUUCUCGUAGAUCAUCUAUAUAAUAUCUACCUCUACAGAGAGGGUGUCCUGCGGACCUCUUCCGAACCAUAUAACAGUGCUAAUUUCCAGGACAAAACCUGCCACCUGACCAAUCACUGCAUUCAGAAGGAAUAUUCCAAAAAUUAUGGGCGGUAUGAAGAAGGGAAUGAAAUGUUCUUUGAAGAGUUCAACCAGUAUCUGAUGGAUGCCCUGAACACAACGCUGGAGAAUAGCAUCUUACUGCAAAUCAAACACAUAAUAAGAAGCUGCCUUAUGUGUAUAGAGCCUGCAAUCAGCACAAAGCAUCUUCACUACCAGAGCUUCCAGCUCUUUGGCUUUGACUUCAUGGUUGAUGAGGAGUUGAAAGUCUGGCUCAUAGAAGUCAAUGGGGCUCCAGCUUGUGCCCAGAAGCUAUAUGCAGAACUCUGCCAAGGAAUUGUGGAUGUAGCCAUCUCUAGCGUUUUUCCCCUUGCUGACACUGGACAGAAGGCAAGCCAGCCAACAUCGAUCUUUAUCAAACUGUGAUGAUUACAGGAGUGCAUCUGUGCACAAGGAGAGCCUGCACCUAUUGGGUCAGCACUGUUUAAUGGCUUAUCUCAGUAUUAUGCCAAAAAGUAAUAGGGACAGGCUUCUCUUUUUUUCUGGAAAGUCAUGGAGAAAAACAACAAAACAGGCAUCUACAUAAAGCUGCGAUGAUCCAGAGCUGCUGAGACAACUCUGCCUGCAUUCACCAAAAUCUACUUUAGAAAACAGCUCAUGUGAUUUUGAUAUCUGAAACAAAUCUCUGGGAGUAUAGCAAAAUAACCUUAAGAUGAAACCCCAACAGGGUUACUGUAAUACUGUAUUAGCUCCUCCUUUUCUAUAGAGAUAACAUGGGGUUUUUUUAAGGCAGCUGAGUGAAGACUACAGUGAUCUUCUGGGAUGUCAUGGUUGGAAAGUUUUACUCCUCCCACUAUGUUUCUUCUUUCCUCACCUACUGCAUCAUUAGUGCCUUAGCUCAGCUCCAAAUAGGUUACUCCUUUCCUUUGUUCCUGCUCUAUCCUGUAGAAAGGAACAAGCUGUCUUGCAUCACAGGAUGCAUAACAGGAACACCAAGAAUUCAGUUUCCUUGGGUAUUUUCAAAGCUGGCUGGGUGAAUACCCAAGCAAUGACUGGCAAGGAUGCUGUUGGAAAGGGUGCUGAACUGCAGGCAGUGAAUUAACCCAAGCAGGGAAGGCAGUUUAUUAUAGUUAUCCCUUUUGCUAAUGAGAUUUGAUCAGUUUCCAUCCAAGUCUGAUGCAGUUGGACUCUGUUUGAAACAGGUGGAGAGACUUUCCCUUGGGGCUCACCUGGCCAUAAGAUUUCUAGCAUCACUUCUGUGCUAAGAGUGUUUCAAAUAGCUGGAAGCCAAUCUUCUCAGCUUCUUCUGAGACUCUGAUGUGAAUUUAGGCUCUUCUCUCAGCUUUCACCUUUAUGCCCUUGAGGCUGGAAUCUGAAACCUCUCAACUCGAAUGAUUUUUAUCCUUUUUGAUCCAAUCAAUUUGAUUCUCUUCUAUUUGACAACUUACUACCACAAUCCAACAGCUCAGUGCCAGCUAAGGGGAAGAUUGGUGAGAUAUUGCAGACUAGGAUAUUUUUUGUGUAUAGGUUUGCCACACAGCUGGGACAGCGUGAUAUUCUUGUGGGGAAGUUAAAUUCCUUGAGGACCCUAAAUUUCAAAGCUAACAUCUACUCUGAGUAUACCCUAAGUCCUUGGCAUACUACCAUUCUGUGAAGUUUAUCUGAAUUUUUAGCAUAGGCCCAGCAAACCCUUCCUAAGCUUAAUGUUCUCUAUGGAGCACAGCUGCAUUUCUAACAGCAGCUGACUGUGUGAGCGGUAUCUCUGCUGUUCCCCAGAUUUUCAUAUGAAGAGUCAAAAUUCAGCAAUUAGAUCUCACUGUUCAAGAGACUGUAGCAGUGUCUCCGAAGAACUGAGUGCUCACAGGGUGCUGCACACUGGUGGUCCUGGGUUAGGAGUUUCUUUCCAUGUUGCACACGAUGCGUGGAUGUAUGUUAGCUCUGAGGUUACAUGUUUGAAAACAUGCUUCAGGGCAGAUUGCAAACAAGUGCCUGCUCAAGCAGCACAGAACUGAUUCCCAGAGGAGGGAAGGACAUGGAUUAUCUGAUUGAGAUCCCCGCACACUGCGUAGGAAACCGUCAUGGAAAACUGCAGCUCUGGGGGUCUGAAUUGAUUGCAGCAGGAGAGCAGAGUGUGCUGCUGAGGUCAGGACUGUGUUCUGCUGCCUCUGGCAGGGAGAGAUAGUUGGCACAGAAAUAAACUGGUUCCUGUUACCCAAAAUAAACAAAUGAGGAGAUCAUGGAGGUUACAGUCUUCUGGCUGCCUGUGUGUAAUGGGAUGCAAAUCAAGGAGUGGGAUUUCUGCCUCUCACAAGGUCCUGGCGUUGGGAUGUAUUUGUCUCUGCUCAUGACUGAAAUGUCAAAGGUCUUUGUGCCAACUAAAGGCUUGCAAACAGACAGUCCUGCCACCUUUCUGUAGGCAGAGCUGAAGUGUACUGGCCUCCUUGGAGCAAGGCAUUUUGAUUGUACUGUAAUGGCACAGACGUCCAUUGCAAAAUGCUGUGGAUCCACGCAUGGCGCCAUUUCACACCAGGAUGCUUAAAUCCAGAAGAGAACAGAGCGCUUGCAAGACCCUGCAGAAGACUGCAGAAAGGAAGCAUUCAGGAAGGCCACACGAACACCUCUGAAAUUGUAAAUGCUCUGAGUACUGCAUGCAUCAGCAUCUGCCCAGUGUGUGGCAGGCACAAGGUGGGCUGAUCUACACUGAGAAGCGACCAGGAGCAGUAGCUACAAGAGAGUGGCUUUGCUGUGUUCCUCUGUGCUGUGUGCAAAGGAGCCUGGGCUGCAAGUGCUGUGAGGUGGCUUUGUUUCUGAGCAGGACUCCCAAGUGCCAGGUCUGGUCUCUGGCUUUGGAACUUGUGUGUAUGCUGAGGGGUCACCGCAAACUCUUUGGCUUAUGAGUCUGGAGGCAGUGGGGAAGUAGUGAGUCAUAGACUGGGAGAGAGGAGAUGUGGGAAAAGAACUGGUUGGUUUUUUAAUCUUAUGGUAGCAUAUGAGGUGUCAAAAUUUCCAUGCAAACCAGGCAAAGCAUGGUGGUAGCAAUCCAUGGUAAACAGUUAGGCUAUCAUGGUUAACAGGCAAAGCUACCUGUUCAUAGAAUCAUAGAGUCAUAGAAUUGCUCAGGUUGGAAAAGACUUUAAAGCUCAUCGAGUCCAACCGCAACCUAACCAUACUACCCUAACUCUAAAAACCCUCCGCUAAACCAUGUCCCUGAGCACCAAGCAGUUAAACAUAUCCAGGGAUGGUGACUCAACCACCUCUCUGGGGAGCCUAUUCCAGCGCUUAACAACCAUUUCUGUAAAGUUUUUCCUGAUAUCCAGCCUAGGCUUACCCUGGCGCAACUUAAAGCCAUUUCCCAUCAUCCUGUCACCAGUGAGAAGAGACCAACCCUGCUCUUCCUGUAAGCACCAUGUUCACCAUGUCUCCAUUGGCAUUUUCAUGUUAGCUUAAAAUUAGCUUAAGCUAACGUGAGCUUAACAAUACAACUUAUUCCCCAGCAAAGAGAGGAUCUGAUAGCAGUCACCCUCAUUCAGGAUGUAUGUGAGGUGACAGGGGACACUGAAUGGUCUCAAGCCCUAGAUCUACUCAGUGUGCAGAGUGAGAAAAUAAAAUGUUCCCUGUCAUAAAGAAAUGAAAAACACUCCAGCCAUCUUUAUUUUUUUCUCAAAAGGGAAAUGGGAAAAUUGAAUUGCUCCCCUUGUUAGUGUACAGAUCCAUGCUGAUGGAGUGACAUAUGCCAGAAAGCAGCCGGGGCACAGCAGCAUCCUUCAAGGGAGCAGCGGACAGCCAGGAGACUCAGGAACAUCUGUCCAACUCUUAAGGCCUUUUCUCCCCGUUUUCAUCUGGGGCUGCACUGUGGUACGUUAUCACCUGGCUGUUUCUGCUGCACCCUUAAAAGUAGGGCUACUGUUCAGUAGUAAAGCCAUGACUACAGGUGAUGCAGCUGCUUAUAAUCUGUAUUUCAGCUGGGUUUCGGGGAACUGGUGAUUCAGGGACACUUUGAUCACUGCUAUCUUUACUGAAUUCUUAAAAAUAAGCAACAGCUGCUGGAGGAAAACAGCAGGUACUGCCUGUGACUCUUUACCACCUGCUGUCAACAUGCUUAUGAGGUAAAGCAUGGGUGGAAAAUGAUGGAGGAUAGAUGGCACAGUCCCUGAACUCUUGUCCAAUAUAUUAACCAAGUAGGAGAGGACAUGCGUGUGGCUGAGGCCUGAGCACUGCAGCUGUGGGUACGCCUUGCAAGCAAUGCUCACAAACCCUUUGGAGACUUUGGGUUGUUUUUGUUUUUUUAGAAAAAUGCAAAAACAAAUGUUUUCUAGCUCAUUUCAGCUAAAAGGUCAAUAGAAUAGGUCUUAGUCUCUUUCCUAAGCUUUAGCAAAGGAUGGUGCUGGGUUUCAAGAAGAUAUCCACCAUACGGCAGGAUGUCUCUAAUCUUUGUUCAUUGUCAGCCAUGAAAGAUGUAGGACCCAGGUGCUCUGGCUGUUGACCAGCAGGGUCUGGUCCAGCUGGACCCUGGGUUUCUACUAACUCCUGUGUGGCAGCACAGCUCCUGUGCUCCUACCGAAGGCCAUGAAAAACACCGGAGAAGUCUGUGGGAGUCUUAAAUGCUGCUUCACCUGGCCGCUGUGCCCUGUUGUCAUCAGUGCCCUUUAGGACUGCUUGCACGUGCCCAAUCCUAGCAUUUAGUGUUUUCUGCACGCAGCUUUCCCUGAGGGAGCUGCGCAGCGCCAUACAUGCGUUAAUGGUGGUGUCUCAUUCCCGUUGUCAGCUACUGCAGAGAGCCGUGGCUCGGAGAGCAGCCGAUGCCGGGGGGUGCGUGGGACACUCCUGCUAUGGCUCUGGGUCUCCCUGCUGGCCUCCUGCACGUCAGCAUGCACGUGUACAGCCGGCGGGGCUCCCAGCUCAUGCUUUUCCAGCCACUGUGUCCAUGUCUGUCCUCAAGCAUCAUUAAAACGAGCAAAUCUCC